CUAACUAAAAUUAAUAGUACUUUUACAUUAACAUGGAAACAUAUCCAAUUGCAAGAACGUUUGAAAAUAUAAGGAACGCCCUGAAGAACAAGCAUUCAUCCGAGCGCGUGCAGGUCUUGAAGCACGACAUCCAGGCUCUCAGUACCGAACUCAUAGUGCUCGGCCAGCAAAACCACGAACAGUAUGUGCGCUCCCUUGCCAUGGAGGGCUACCUAGCAGUGCUCACCGUCAAAACCAUGCCCAUUUCACUCGUUGAAAAAAGAAACACGCUUCACAAUGUCUUCGAGAAACUGAAACCAUACGCCAUGCAGGAGGAAUGCCUUUUCAUUUUCCUCCGAAUCCAAAAUCUCCUUUGCUAUUAUCUCAUCCAGCUCGAUCAAACGGCCCUUGCUUGCGAUAUUCUGGAAAGCAUGGAAGACUGGUACGACAAGAUAAGCAAAGAGCAACCUGAUAAGUUUAUCGAUGCCGAGGAUCUGUUCACUGGCAAUAACUCCAGUAACUUGAGGAGAAUCAACCCCGAAAAGAUUGAUAAGAUGAUUACGAACAACGUGCAGAUGCAGGCUUUUCUAUACAACAAGCUCAAUCUCCCGGAAAAGUAUACGCUGUAUAAUCACACGGCGCUGAGAAGACAAUUGGAGAUGAAGGAAGGUACACCACAGGACUGGGCACUUCGCACUGCUCGUCUAGGCAACUAUUUCACGUACCUUAAUCAAAUGGGAAACGCCCGCCACCACCUGUGUGCUGCAUACCAUGUACUGCGUACAUGCCAUGACAACUGCAAGCUUAUGCCUACAGAGUUUGUGCUGCAAAAAGCGGACUUUGAAGUACACUUUCUUGAGCUGAGUCACCAUUGGGUAAAAUACGGUUUGACUUUGUUUAAGUUAUCUAAAAAACUCAUUCUGAAUCGCUGCUUUGCUCAAUCGAAUUCGGGUCCAGAUUUGUGGAGAAUCGCCGAUUCAACCCCUGAUACGCCAACAAAUUCUGAGAAAGCUGAGGAUGAAAAUGAAAAAGACGCUAGAACAGAGAAAUCAGGGAAAGGGGACUUCAACACGGAGAAGUUGUACUUGUUCCCCAGUCUGGAUUUAAAAGCGAUGGAGAGCAAAGUGCCCUUGGAGAUGGUUUCAAACGUGGAAGAUUCCCGGAAGUUAUUCGCAUUUACGCAUAAGUGGUUGUUGCGUGCCUGCCACUACUAUGAUCUCGAGCACCAUUCUGCGCAGUACAUGUCGUGCUUAUUGCAGUUGGCGGAGCUGUACGAGCAACUUGCGUUUUUCGAGCGCAACGUAGACAACCAGUAUAGUAUCCAGAAGCGACGUGCCGAAGUGCUUGAGAACCUCAACUCGAUGUUGAAAUCGGGCGACCACAUGAUGUCAGUACAGAUCGACGUGAUCCGAGAGCUCUCGCAGGUGCAGCUGGAGCUAAUGGCUCUGAACUUGCAAAAACUGUGGCACGAGGAGUCGCAGACGAAUGUUCUCAAUUUGGAUCAAGAUGCGGAUUCUUUAAUUAACUCUUUUUGUGGUGAAUCCAAUAAGACGAUAACAGAGAAAACUCUUAAUGUACCUUCGAAAAAUAUAUUUCUGAGGAAGAUGGAAGCGGCGUCGUCGAUUAACGGCAAGUUGUUCCGGUUGACCCGCCAGAUGUCCACCGGGUCGCGGUCGCAGCUCAGCAGUAUCCACACCUUCAAGAUCUAAGCGAAAACCCAGUUUAUUUCCCAAUCCACGAGCCCAUAGAUGCAACACGAAAACUAUCGCCUUCGAAUUAGGUAAUUGUUUUUAAUGUUCCGAAAUAUAGUAGUGUCUUAGAACGCCGCCGCCUGAAAUAAACUACAGUUACGUAUACGUAUGAAUUUAAUGCCCAUUGCAAUACGUUUGCAAAAUAACACAUUGUUAAAGUCCAUAUUCGGUUUUUACGUGGCUCCCGCUGUGCAUUAAAUUAGAAAAUACUUAGUUAUUACCAUGUGUAAAAAACCAAUGUA